AUGUUCGCAUUUGACCACAUACAGUUCUUUACAUGGCUGAUUCAGAAACUUUCAUUAGUCUGGAAGAGUGUCGUGGCCAUAAGAGAGCAAGGAAAAGAACUAGUAUGGAAACAGCACUUGCCCUUGAGAAGCUAUUCCCCAAACGAUGACAGGUCCUUGGGAUUGUGACCCCAGGAAUUGUAGUGACUCCAAUGGGAUCAGGUAGCAAUCGACCUCAGGAAAUAGAAAUUGGAGAAUCUGGUUUUGCUUUAUUAUUCCCUCAAAUUGAAGGAAUAAAAAUACAACCCUUUCAUUUUAUUAAGGAUCCAAAGAAUUUAGCAUUAGAAAGACAUCAACUCACUGAAGUAGGUCUUUUAGAUAACCCUGAACUUCGUGUGGUCCUUGUCUUCGGUUAUAAUUGCUGUAAGGUGGGAGCCAAUAAUUUUCUGCAGCAAGUAGUCAGCACUUUCAGUGAUAUGAAUAUCAUCUUGGCUGGAGGCCAGGUGGACAACCUGUCAUCACUGACUUCUGAAAAGAACCCGCUGGAUAUUGAUGCCACUGGUGUGGUUGGACUGUCAUUUAGUGGACACCGAAUCCAGAGUGCUACUGUGCUCCUCAGCGAGGACGUCAAUGAUGAGAAGACUGCUGAAGCUGCGAUGCAGCGCCUCAAAGCGGCCAACAUUCCAGAGCAGAACACCAUUGGCUUCAUGUUUGCAUGUGUUGGCAGGGGCUUUCAGUAUUACAGAGCCAAGGGGAAUGUUGAGGCUGAUGCAUUUAGAAAGUAUUUUCCUAGUGUGCCCUUAUUUGGCUUCUUUGGAAAUGGAGAAAUUGGAUGUGAUCGGAUAGUCACUGGGAACUUUAUAUUGAGGAAAUGUAAUGAGGUAAAAGAUGAUGAUCUGUUUCAUAGCUAUACAACCAUAAUGGCACUCAUACAUCUAGGGUCAUCUAAAUAAAGACAUCUUUAAAGUGGCUUUUAUAAAAUAAAAAAAAAAAAAUAA